GGAAAAGCGUGGAGGUGACAGUGAAAGGAAAGUGCUUCCAGGAGCAUCAGUCCAUGAUAGAUGUACUGGGUCCGCAGGGGGAGUUGGCUACAUUUGGGUGUGGGACGGGACGGUCGCCAUCCCGAAAUCCUAGCGAGCAGGACAGGCUAUCUCCAUAGCAUGCACAAAAGCCUUUUGAUGUGCUGGCAAUUACUUUUCUGCAUUCCGAACCGCAUUAGUGAGAAGGUUGCAAUAUAUGCUUGUGGCCGCGGGAGUUGGGCGAGUGCGAGUAGGGCACGAGCGCACCCUUGGGGGUUAGGGCGGCGCAUGCCAUGUGUGCAUUCGUGACUCGCUUCUUUCACGAGAGGAGGCCCUGUGCAGCUGUUCGCAGGCCGCCGUUGUCAGCAAGACACCGUGUGGUGCCAGAUCAUCUGGAUCGUUUGGAAGUCGAGCGCGCGAGCCGUCCCGAAAAGGAGCAGGGCUGGUCCGGAUCGACUUGGAAUGACCCUUAUUCGUGGUGGCAGAGGGUUGGCGGCCAAAGAGGGCUGCAGGACUGCAGGACUGCAAGGACCGCAGGCUGCGCGAGAGAAGGAAGUACAGGAAGAAUGGACAAGUCGUCCUUUAAUAGCUGCGCAGCCCUCUAUUGGAGUGGCAGGCGUGACAGCACCAACUGCACCGCUCAUUUGGCUGCAACGAUGAUACCGAGGCAGACGACACGGACGACACGGAGACGACACGAUGAUGUGUGUUCCUUCACCGUAACUUCUGGGCAGUCCCUAUCGGAGGGGAAGAAAGAAGUUCCGCGAUCGCCGGGCCUGGCCAGGUUACUGGUCGGCAGAGGAUGUCUCGAAGAACGAAACGCCUAUAGACCUAGGUACCAAAGGAUAGGGCUCAUCGGGCGCAAGGCGGAUGAGAUAUCUCUCAACGGAACUUUCACUCCGGGCGUGACGCCGAGCUCGCGUUCUGGUGAGCUACAGAAGCCCGGACUUCGUUCAACGACAGCGGCAGCAUCCGCACUGUUUUGAGACCUUUGGUUCAUGAACUGAGAACGACAGGCGACGAGAGGUAGCCUAGCGUCGAGAGAAAUGGGAGUGAUGCGACGAGGCUCAAGAAAAGAAG